CUCUUGUUUUGUAACAAAUCAAACUUUAUAUCAUCUUGAACUUCCGUAAUAUUUUGUUGGAAUCAGUUUGUUUGCUCAAAAUAUUCCUCUCAACUGUUUGAGAUUUUGUAAAUGUAAUCAAUUACUUUGUAAGUUCUGUUAUUUAAUAGCAAUAAUACAAUAAAUGACUCUAAACUGCAUUGAACUGUGAAGUUUUUAGUGCCAUUUUUGGAUAGAAAUCGAGUUUGACGACUUGCCUUCACGCUGAUGUGAUUUUCUAAAGUUAUUACAAAAUAUUUAAAACCAUCACCAGAUAGUUUUCUUUUUGAUAAAUUUAAUUAAAGUUGUAGUCAUCAAGUCAGGAGAGUUUUGACCAACUCGUUUAAUUUGUUAUAUGCAAAGUUAUAAAGAAAUUUAAAAAAAUAUAGUCACCGAAGAUUUUUUGAUUCGAUAUAAUGAACAGUAAGGACUUACUUGCGCGGGAUUAUAAAUCAAAUAUCCAAAACCUCCUUCAAACUAAACUUGAACUCCGAAAUAAAUUAUCACCGGAAGAAGUUAACUCAAUUCUGAAUCCAGAAAUUACAGAUGAAGCUCAACUAUCUUGUGUGAUCAAGUUCCGUGAAUUAUUGGCCGAUAAAGUCAUGGAAUCUCAUUCUAAUCAGGAUUUAUUACGGUUCCUCAAAGCGAGAAAUUUCAACCUCGAUCAAACGGUUUCGAUGUACGAUGAAAUGCUGGAAAUUAGAUCGAAAUUCGGAUUGGUCGAACCAGAUUUUCUGCUUUCUCAUACUCCUUUGGAGGCGUUUAUGAAUCAUUAUCCUUUCGGCUUACUGGGAAAAUGCAAAGAGGGAUAUCCGAUAGUCUAUGAUUUUCCUGGUCGUGUUGACGUGAAGGGUUUUGCGCUGGCAAUUUCAGACGACGAAUUUGCAAAACAGAUUUUGUGGAAUCUGGAGUCGCUUCUGUUGAUGAUGGAGAACAAGAGUCUGAGUGAGGGGAAACUAGUGGACAAAUGGACUGUCAUUGUGGAUGUAAGAGAACUGUCUUUCGACCUCUUCAGUAAAUCCCAAAUGACGAGGAACGCCAAAAUCCAGCGUCUAUUUGACAUCGGAUAUCCCGAGAGAGUUCACAAGCUGAUAGUAGUGAACCUCUCGCCCCUAUUCGACAUAGGGUACAAACUGUUCCGCCCUUUCAUCCCGGAAGCGACCAGGGAGAAAAUAGUGGUGACUAAGAAUACGGGGGAGUUGUUGAACUAUGUGGAUGCGGAUCAGUUGCCAGUUGUAUACGGCGGAACAUUAGUGGACUCCAACGGAGACCCAGAGUGUAAGGAGUGGAUUUCUCUGGGGUCCAAAGUGAACCCAAAUCUGUACAAGUACAACCUCAUCCAGAGCGACACCUCAAUGCGCCAUGUUCAAAUCACUCCUCGAAACCACCACGAAAUAGAAAUAUGGGCUGAUCAAAAUGACGUCAUCAAGUACAAAUUCUGCACCGAUUCGAAACUGGUUCGAUUCGGAGUUUUCAUUCUAUCUUCGCAAGGGAAAAAGGACAAAGUCUGGAAUGUGCCUCGAAAGUCUAUUGGAGUUGAAAAGCAAAUUGUCGAAGGAUCCGUAGAAGUUGGAAGAAGUGAUAAUUUUGUGUUUUAUUUCGAAAAUAAAUGGCUAAAAACUGUGAAUAUUUCGGUCGCUAUUGAAGUUUGCCAAAGUAACGCAGACGAUAGUUAGUGGAACCAAAAUUAAGUUUUUAAGUUAUAUUAAAUAUAGAUUUAAUUAGCGA